CUUCAAUAAAUAGCUUUUACAAAUGUGCUUCUUUUGAAAUUCGUCGAGUGUACAAGACUUGAAUCUUGCGCCUCAAAUUGUUUCAAAUGGAUGGUGAAAGAGCAUGUGCUUUUGGGUUGGACUUGUUCAAAUGGAUCAUAUAUUUGAACAAGUGCAAGUUGCAGUUCCUGUUAUCCUCAAGGUUCUAAAGGACGUGUUUUCAGAGUCAGAGGAUGAAAGUAUAGAACCCUUGUUUGAAAGCGCUAUAGGCAUUGCUGAUUCUAUCUGUGCAAUUUGCUCUAAGCUGGAUGGAGGAGCAAACGUAAAGCUGUGUGCUCUUCUUGGUCUAUAUGUUCUGCAAAUAAUGGUGCUUGUUUCAAGAAGCAUGGAGUGCAAAGUCUCAAAAUGUGUCCCUUUGAUAUCGCACUUGUCACACUUCUUCCCAUUUUGCCGUUUAUCAUAUCUUAGUUUAAUAACUGGGUGUGAUGUGCUGCAUACUAUGACUAACAUGAUUGUCGGAGGUUGGGGCUGAGAUUCCAUGUUCAGAGAAGCGUGACUUUCUAAAAGCCAUGAUUAUUAAUUAAUUGCAAUUCUCCCUCAUUUCAAGAUGGUUUAUAUGAUUGGGAAGUAUUUAUUUGUUCAAUUUUUUAACUUGAUUUAGCUGAAGUAGUUGUUACAAAUUCAUAUAUGUUGCAAUUCUUCUACAUCUUGUUAGACAGGAAGUUGUUAAGGAACACCAACAAAGAACAUCAAUAUGAAAUCAAGUAGUCAUGCGAGCUGAAAAUACAGCCCGUGUAAAUGCAUUCUUUUGGUCUACUGUUGCCCCGGAAUUGGUGGAUUUAGUCUUGAGGCCCUCCCCUGCUGCUUCCAGAGCAUGGAGAUGAUGCAGUUCUGCCUGCCCUCAACCUUUACAGAUUUGUAUUGCUAAUGGAGUCAAAAGCUAUGAUUGAACUUGUGGAUUUUAAAGCAAAGAAAGAUUAGGCUUUCUAUGCUAAUAUUUUGCUUCUUUGCUGCAAAUAUUUAUGGUUGCCUAUAAUUUUUGACAUGGUUCAGAUAAUGCGUUUUACCUGGGAAAUAUGAAGUUCCUUCCCUAGUGCUCUAACUUUAUCAGAGGCUGAAGUUGGUUUGUCAAUUAUGGCUCUUAACAAGUAACCCAAUGAAAUGAACUUGAACUCUAUUGUAAAUGCGUCCUUGUUUCUCUCAGUCUGUUCAUGAGAAUGAAGUGUGAAACAGUGAAUGUUUCAUGAAUUGUACCCCUACUUGAUAAAAUAA